UUUGACAUUUCACCCGUAUGUUUGUGUUUGUGUUUUGGUUUUGGUGAAAAAACGAAGGGCCACAAAAUUCACGUCCGCAAUAUUUUUGUGCAUUAAAAUUGGUGCAUUCGAGUGCAUUUGUGUUUGAAUUGUGCAGUUUCAUGGAAUUAAGCGUCGGACAAGCUGAUCGAAACACCAGAAAGCAGUGAAACGUUUUGUUAAAGAAUACGAGUGCAAAGGAAGCGCAACACUAUAGGCUAGGGAAGCACGCGCCGCCCGACAUCGAAAAUGUCCUUUCGCCUGCUGACCACCCGUUUGUACAAACAUGGUCGCCUGCUGGUCAAGAACUAUCUCAAGCGGGAAAUACACGUUAGUAACGCAUGGUCAAACCCUACGGAGAGUGUAAAAGUGAACAAAAUUAACGACACGCUGCGGCAUGAUCUGCGGAUCAACGAGUUCCGGAACAACAGCUUCCUGCGGUUCGGUAACCAGGCGCGCCGGCUCUUUAUCGACAAUGUGCUGAGCAGGGUGACCAAUCCGUACUCGGUGGAUUUGCGCCUGCAAGCGACCAAGAAACUGCUGUAUGGCGAUUCUACCCCAUUCUUUGCACUGGUCGGUGUGAGUCUGGCUUCGGGAGAUGGCGUACUGACAAAGAAUGAUGAGCUGGAAGCUGUCUGCUGGGAGAUUAGGCAUGCCAUGUCCAACUUUCAGGAGAAAGUCGGUGAGAAGGAUAUUGAAACCCGGUUGGAUGAAGAGUUCGGAAUAGAGAAUCUAAACAUAGGCAAGCAUAUUGCCAAAGGCUGUUCGGCCGUUGUUUAUGCCGCUUCGCUGAAGGAACCGACCGUAAGCAAUGAGAGCUCGACAACGUACAGCGACAACAUCCAUAACGCUACGGCUUCCCCGGAACGAAAGGUACCACCGGAAGGAUGGACAGAAGAAGAGCCAGAUUUCGCUGGCCAAUGGAGCAACGGCAAUAGUCCGCUCAUGCUGCCGGAAAGAACCGCAUCGACCGUUUUACGACAGAUGAUAAGCAAUAACGACGAUCAAACACGAGCAAACAACAAUCGCCGGGUACGGUUUAACAGUGAGGCAAGAAUAAGAACGAUGUCGGAGAAUAGUGCGUCAGCCCACGAGAAUGGCGGCGAUUAUUUGCAUGACACGAGCGAAAAAGAUUACAACAUCGACGAGUACCCGUUGGCGCUGAAGAUGAUGUUUAACUACGACAUACAAAGCAAUGCAAUGGCCAUUCUGAAGGCGAUGUACCGUGAAACGGUCCCUGCGAAGAGGCGAACCAUCGAAAGCGCAUGGGAGAAGAACCUUAUGGAAAAGACCAACUUUCUUCCACCGCAUCCAAACAUAGUGGAAAUGUACGGCGUUUUCUGUGACCAGGUACCGGAUUUAUCAAUGUCUGCCACGCUCUACCCGAUGGCCCUCCCGCAGCGCCUGAAUCCGCAAGGCUACGGGCGAAACAUGAGCCUGUUUCUGUUGAUGAAACGAUACAACACGAACCUGAAGGAGUACCUAGCGCAGCCGGGCGUAGAUAUGCGUACACGCAUUCUGCUGUUUGCCCAGCUGCUGGAAGCGGUCGCACAUUUGAAUCGGCACGGUGUUGCUCACCGGGACAUUAAGUCGGACAAUAUUCUCAUCGAGCUGCGUCCCAACAUGCCACCGACGCUGGUGUUGACUGAUUUUGGAUGUUGCAUUGCGGACAAGCGGCAUGGUUUGCGCAUCCCGUACACCUCGGACGAGAUUGAUAAGGGAGGAAAUGUGGCGCUGAUGGCGCCGGAAAUAAUCGACCAGCUGCCGGGUACGUUCGCGAUGCUGAACUACACCAAGGCGGACCUGUGGGCUUGCGGUGCGAUUGCGUACGAAAUUUUUGGCAGCAACAAUCCUUUCUAUUCAGAUCUGCAUUCGGCUCUCAAAAAUACAUCGUACGAAGAGCAUAUGCUACCAGCGAUGGAUCAAAAUGUUCCCCAACUGGUCCAGUGUCUGGUGCAGAACAUCCUGCAGAGAAACCCGAACAAGCGCCUAAGCCCGGACAUUGCGGCAAACGUGAUGCAACUGUUUCUGUGGUCACCAUCGUCCUGGUUACGCGACCGUUACGUACCGUCCAGCAACGAAAUUUUGCAAUGGUUGCUAAGUCUCACGACAAAAAUCCUGUGCGAAGGUCCGCUGCGGGUUACGCCCGACGGUACGAUGGGCCGCAGAACGUACACGGAGUACUUACUGAUUGCUAGCUUUCUUACCCGCGUGCGCCUGGAACGGAUCAAGCGCGCGCUCGAUUGGAUACACACGGUGAAUGUUGGCUGUUAAUGUAAGAAUUGUGAUAUCGCAAUGCUGUGAGUAUAUAGGAACAGAACAGUGCGGGUUGAAUAAAACUAUUUAUUUUGUAACAGCUA